UCUGUCGGUCUAUGGUUACCGCUGACGCUGCUCUCCAUUAGCUACCGCGCUAACAGGACAUAUAUGUAGCACCUACUAUCACUUAUCUAUAUUAUCACACUCGGUCACUGCUGUUACUGUGGAUUAUAAAGGUUAUUCUUUGACGAGAGUGGUCAUUAAGUCCUUGUUUCACCCUCAGUUUAGCUGGGAACACAUCCACAAUGUCUUUUAUAUUUGACUGGAUUUACAAAGGCUUUAGUGGGGUGCUACAGUUCCUUGGUCUAUAUAAGAAAUCGGGGAAGCUGGUUUUCCUGGGGUUGGACAAUGCCGGAAAGACGACUCUGCUACACAUGUUGAGGGAUGACAGACUGGGACAGCAUGUUCCCACCUUAUAUCCUACCUCAGAAGAAUUGACUAUUGCUGGGAUGACAUUUACCACAUUUGAUCUUGGUGGCCAUGCUCAAGCCAGGAGAGUGUGGAAGAACUACCUGCCAGCUGUAAACGGAGUGGUGUUUCUAGUCGAUUCUGUAGAUCACGCACGCCUUAUGGAGUCCAAAGUUGAGCUUGAUUCACUGCUGUCAGAUGAGACUAUAGCUAACGUACCAGUCUUGGUGCUGGGAAAUAAGAUUGAUCGGCCAGAAGCUCUGAGUGAAGCAAGUCUACGACAGUUCUUUGCUCUUGAUGGACAGACCACUGGAAAGGGAGUCGUUUCACUGAAGGAGCUGAAUGCGCGGCCGUUGGAGGUUUUCAUGUGCAGUGUGCUAAAGAAACAGGGUUAUGGAGAAGGCUUCCGCUGGCUCUCGCAGUACAUCGACUGAGCUUUCGGACAUUUUGAAAUAAAAGGACUCCUACCUCUGAGUUCUGAAAAGCCAUGGAGAGAGAGCAGUGUGAUGAAGGGACUGAUGAUGAACAUUGCAUAUUAAACCUUGAUAGAUUGUUUUAAAGACAAUGAACAUUCCAUCCAGCUGGAACAUUCAGAAGUCACGGCAAAUAUGAUUUUAAACAAUAAUGUUUCAUAGUGUUUACAGUAUUAAAAUAUUUAACAAAUUCCA